AUGCUGCAAGUCCUCCUACAGCGCGCGUCUUGCGCGCUGGAGACGAGACAGCCUGAGCUCCUGCAAAAGUCCCUGAAGGGAGUUCUUCCGGUUUGCAAUGGACAGGUCUCGAAUGGGACGGUAGCCAAGAUUUUUUUGGGAGAGGCUGGCCGCACUAGCGAGCCAAAAAUCCUGGACAAGGUUGAGGAGAUCGCUAAGGUGCACCCGACUGUCGAAGGGCAUAUUCCUGAGCUGUUCUGGUAUCAUGCGUUCACAAAUCCCGCGUGCGCCAUCCGAGAAGCCCUUGGUGUUCCAGAAUCCAGCAUGAGCAGUCGCAUGCUCUACAUUCUUGUAUUCCGCAGGCUCUACCCCAUCACGAAGCUUCAUGGCAAGGAUCUUUUCGACGUCUGGCAUCAGUGUAUCUUAUGCCACCUCACUUUGUGGAAGGAAGGUGUUUAUCAUCGAGAUAUCAGCCAUGGAAGCUUGUUGUUGUACAGGAAAAACGGCAGACUGAUCGGUGUCUUAAAUGACUACGAUUUAUCCUCUUUGGCGAAUGCAGUGGGUCCUCAGGGAAACGAGCGUACGGGCAUGGUACCGUUCAUGGUGCUCGACAUUCUCACCAAAGAGGGUCAACAAGGCAAAGUGAAACACCUAUAUCGCCAUGAUCUGGAGUCAUUUAUGUGGGUUUUCGCCUGGAUUUUCUUGUGUUAUAGGCAGGGAGUCCUACUGCAGAGAUCACGCCCUCUUGACGAGUGGGCGACUUUGGACGCUAUUGCGUGUGGCGAUAAGAAGUCAGCCUUCCUGAUGGGUUUUAUCAAUUAUCGACCCCUGAACCUCCAAUCGACCAUAGAUUUAUCUUUAUGGGCUCUCCUUGUGGACUGUUUUGGGGUGCUCCAGGCAGCUAACUCCAAUCGCGUUAAUAAUCAUGUUAAUGACGUGCGCCAUAACCUCAAAGUUGAGCUGGGAUGGACGGAAGGGACAUACAAGCAGAUAGAUGCCGAGGAAACAGUAUCGGAUAUGGAUGAUUUACUAGGCAAAUUCACAGGUACCAGGGCGUGGGUUAAGCUCAGCAACACUUUACCUUUAUAG